AUGAUAAAUAAGAGUGAACAGGAAAGAAGUCGUGAAGGUUCUGGCGAUCGUGGAAUGCGUGGAACAUUUGCAUUUGGCUCAUCAACACCGCGCAUUUUAUCACAUUUAUACGGUAUAACACGAGAGUAUGGCAAUGAUAGAAUAAAUCCACAAGUUGGCCGACGAUCCUACACGACACCGACUUUUCCAACACUACGUUUCAAGACAACAGGCGCAUCAAUGAAUAUCCAGACAAAACGAAACGAUGAAUUGAUCAAGAAGCCAAGUGAUAAGAAUACAUGUCGAGUACAGUCAACGAGUUAUCAAUCGAAAGAAGGAAGUGAGGAAUUCAUGAAUUCUGUGAAAAAGAAGCUGGAAGCAAAGAAUAAUCAAGCAAAAUCGAUGAAAAAAAUUGCUGCUAAGGAGAAGCCGUCGAAAAAUGAAAAAAUUGAUGGAAGCAAAACAUCCGUUGAAAAGAAAUUUACUAAAACUGACUUGCCUGAAGCAUUCGAGAAAUUAUCUUCAGUGCGUGCCGGAUUUGGAAAUGAACAUGAAGCCUGGAUUGCUAAAGAACCAAAGUCGGAAACAACAUUUGCUGAGGAAAGACAAUUGUUAACUGCUGCUAGUACAGUUGAAGAUGAAGUAAGACCAUUGUCCACGGAGAAAAUUGUAGCAAACAGUGUAAAAACAUCAGAAGAAAGCGGAACUAUUAAGAUUCUGCAUGCGGAAAAGUCAGAAGGACCUGAAAUUGAUGUAAACAUUCAGUCAAGAUCAACUGAUCAUGAUAAUUUGACGGAUACAUUUUCAAUCAUUUCCAAAACAGAUCAUAUGGAAACGGAACACAAAAAUGAAACAGGACGAGAAUUGCCCAUUAAUUCAGAAUCCGAAAAACGUGAGUCAUUACCACCGUCCACUACUCUUAUUAAUCUGACCAUUGAUUCUGGUACUUCAUCUACAAAAUUAUCAUCAGUUACUGAUAAAACAUUUAGCCAAUCUAAUGACAGUAAUGAACUGAAGGACUGUCAAAAAAGUUCAGAAGAUGAGAUUAAGGAUGGAGAAACGGUACCGGAAACUUCAAUCAAUCCAGAAUCAGAAAAUGAUAAAUUGUCAAAAAUAGAAAAAUUGAUUCCGGAAAAUUUGCAUCAAUUACAAGGAAGCAAUACUGUAGCAUUCAACACUCAAUCUGAGCAUGCAAAUGCUGAGCAUGAAAUAAUUUAUAAUCAUAGCUAUUAUUCCGGAACUCCAAUAUCACAGGAAUGCAUUAAAAUAUCUGAUUGUGAAAAUUCUUUUCAUGAAUGUGAAAGAAGGAAAUCUGAAGAUGUUAGUGCAGAUGUUUCUGUGCUAUGA